AGAAAAUAAAAAAGGGUGAUGAUGUUGAUGAUGAUGGAGUAAAAGUAAAGCUUACUGAGGAAGUCGCAACAGUAGUAAACCCAAGUAAGCCAUGACUAUGGCUUCCCACCAGAUUUAGAAUAUAUCAUAUCAUAUCAGAUCCACCGUCACCAUUCGCCACCACAUUCUACAUACAUUACAUUACCCUUAUCCCAUUUCAGAUCUCAAAACCAAAUCCAAAGAAAUGAAGGAUUCUAAUUCAAACUCAACCACCACCACCAGUAGUAGAACAGAACCAAUAGGCCAAAACCUAAUCAAACUAAUAAGCAAUCUAUGUUUUUCAUUCUUCGUCUUCACCGUUCUCAUCUUCACCGUCAUUGCCAUCACAUACCAACCACCUGAUCCAUGGCUUCAAUCUUCACCAGCCUUAACAAACCUCUUCACUCAACCUAAAAACGCCACUUUCCACAUCGACACUUCCGUUAUCAAAACCGGUGAAGACAUCACUCCUUCACCACAGGACUCACCUCUUCCUUCCUCCGCCGAUGCAACUCCCGCCGUCACGGAAGCUGUAAUUGAAAAAUCCGAGGAGAAAAUCAUCAAUUCAUCCGUCGCGGCGCCUGGUCCUAUUUCCUCUGACUGUAAGGAGCUUCUCGGAACGCUAAAUUGCUCCGAUCCUCGUGUUCUUAUUGCUAUUCAGAGAUUUAAUCUUCGUGCUUUUAAGUCUAUUUCGUUUUUCGAGUAUCAAACUCCGGUGAACGGUGCUGUUUCCGGUGAUUGCGAUGUUUCGUGGAGGUUUCGUAAUAAAAGAGAGAAGUCAUGGAGGAAGUACCGUGAUUUUCGUCGGUUUAGGGUAACUGUAACUGAUGAAUGUCAUUAUAAGGUUAUUCACGCAGGUGGCUUUCAUUCCGGUGUGAAUGCGCGUCGAAAUCCGGCGCCACGGACACCACGGACCGGAGGUGGUAAGGGAAAAACAUUGCCGCGAAAUUCGAACAGGGAUGAUCAGAUCAACGACACGAUUCCGAGUUUGGGAUCGGAGACUAAUUUUAGGAAUGGCAAGUAUUUGUAUUAUUCACGAGGUGGUGAUUAUUGUAAGGGUAUGAAUCAUUAUAUGUGGAGUUUCUUGUGUGGUUUAGGUGAAGCAAUGUUUUUGAAUAGAACUUUUGUUAUGGAUUUGAGUGUUUGUUUAUCUUCAAUGUAUAACCCUAGUAAUAAGGAUGAAGAAGGAAAGGAUUUUAGGUAUUACUUUGAUUUUGAGCAUUUGAAAGAGGUAGCUUCCAUUGUUGAGGAAGGUGAGUUUUUGAGAGAUUGGAAGAGAUGGGAUAAGACUCAUCUUAAGAAAAAGAAGGUUCCUGUUAGAAAGGUUGUUACUCAUAAGGUUACUCCUAUGCAACUUCAGAAGGAUAAAAGUACCAUCAUUUGGAGGCAAUUUGAUUCCCCUGAGCCGGAGAAUUAUUGGUAUAGAGUUUGUGAAGGCCAGGCUGCUAAGUAUAUUCAGAGACCUUGGCAUGCUUUGUGGAAAUCCAAGAGGUUGAUGAACAUUGUUACUGAGAUUAGUGGAAGAAUGGACUGGGAUUUCGAUGCAGUUCAUGUGGUUCGCGGGGAAAAAGCUCAAAAUAAGGAGCUAUGGCCUAAUUUGGAUUCCGAUACUUCGCCAGAUGCAAUUCUUGAGAAGCUUAAAGGGAUGGUUCAGCCUUGGAGGAAUUUGUAUGUUGCUACGAAUGAGCCGUAUUAUAAUUACUUUGAUAAGUUGAGAUCGAAUUUCAAGGUGCAUUUGCUUGAUGAUUAUACGGAACUGUGGGGAAAUUCAAGUGAAUGGUACAAUGAAACUAGUCUUCUUAACAAUGGAAAGCCUGUUGAGUUUGAUGGUUACAUGAGAGUUGCAGUGGAUACAGAGGUCUUUUACCGUGGAAAGACUCGUGUGGAAACAUUCUAUAAUUUGACUAAAGAUUGCAAAGAUGGAGUUAAUACGUGCUGAUCAGGUUCUCCCUACUGAUUUUGAUGCUUAUUCAUUGUACACGAGUCUUUGUUCUCGAUUUAGUUUUAGAUUCAUAUCUUGGGGGUAAAUUUAAGCUUGCUGCUGUGCUUGCUUGUUCUUUUAUUGUAUUGGUUGAUGAUUUAUUACUUGUGUUGAUUAUUAUGAUUUUGUAUACAACAUAUCAUAGAAUCCCUUACUCUCUUCCUGCUUCUCCCA